ACUAUAAUGAAUGAAAUAAUGAAUGAACUAAUAACAUUAAUUAAACAUGUUAGAUGGCUUAUCAUAGCAAAUAACUUGGCGACAGGAGCACGACAUAUAUUUCCAUGUUGGGACGAAGCAGGACUGAAGGCUAAAUUCACGAUUACUAUAAAACAUUCCGAACAUUAUCAUGUUCAUUCAAAUAUAGUUUCUAAUCGUAUACUUACUAAUGUAUCGAAAGUAAUUACACGCUUUCAAACAACUCCAGAAAUAUCAACUUAUCACAUAGCAAUUGUUCUAUUCGACGGGAAUGACUAUUGUCGUUUGUUGUCAUCGCACAUAGAAUUAUGGUGCAGGUGUCAAGAGAUAGAAAAUAAACUUUAUGAUUUUGAAUUAAUUAAAAAUGUUAAAAAUAUCAUUGAAUACGUUUGGUCACGAGAACAACCUUUAUCAGUACAUCAUUAUAUAAUCCCAGGUUUGAAAGAUGAUGGAAUGGAUAAAUUCGACUUCGUAUUUUAUAGAGAAGAAGAUACUAUUUACAAUGAAGAAGUAGAUCCCAUUGCGCGCAAAAUAGAGAUAUCGCGUUUAAUAGGACGUAAAAUGGUUGGUCAACUGUUUACUAAGAUUAGUUCAUCAUGGUGGUCUUACAUGUGGUUACAUGAGGGUAUUGCUACAUUACUUGGAGUGUAUAUAAUCAAUAAGACAGAAUUUAUUAUUAUUAAUUUCAUAAGGACAAGUAAUGUGGACGAUUUUUGGACUGAUAUUCAAUCUAUAUAUGAGUUACAAACAAAGGGUUCCAGAGAAAUUAAUGUAAAAGAUAUAAUGGAUCCUUGGAUAAAAGAAAAACGAUAUCCUGUUCUUGAUGUUACAGUAAAUUAUCUUAAUGAAAUGAAAACAAUUUCAAUAAAAAAUUUCGAGAAAUGGACAAUACCAUUGACAUAUACUGUCUCACCGAAUAUUAAUUUCCGAGAUACUUUAGCGUUAAAUUGGGUAGAGGUUGAAUUGGAGCAUAUCUCUCAAGUAACACAGGAGUUAAAAUGUCAAUGGAUAAUAGUCAAUCGCCAACAAACUGGAUAUUAUCGUGUAAACUAUAAGAAGGAUGAGUGGCUCAAUAUCUCAUGUUAUCUUAAUUCCGAGAAUUAUACAAAUAUUCAUGUCCUAAAUCGUGCUCAAAUCAUCGAUGAUGCCUUUCAUUUCGUAACGACAAACAAACUGCAUUAUUCCGUAUUUGUUGAACUUACAAGUUACCUGUCACAAGAAACAGAUUAUAUAGCAUGGUAUCCCAUGUUUAAAGCUAUUGAACGCAUGUCAUAUGUCAUACCUUUUCUCGAAAAUACCGAAAAUUUUAAGAUGCAAUUGCUGAAAUUAUUCAACUCACUUCUUCAAAAAAUUGAAUACGAGGAAAAUCCUAACGAAGACGAUCAUAUUAAAUGUUUAAGGCAAGAAGCCAUAAGAUGGGCCUGUAUUCUCGGUGACAAAAAAUGCAAAGAAGCGGCUAAAAUUAUAUUGCAACGGCAUUUAAGAUCACAUCAAACGUAA